UUGGAGAAUCCACAAUGCAGAUGCGACUGUUUGCACUCGUUUCACUGAUGGCUGUCUCCUCACUGGCCAUGGACGACAUUGCGCCAUACUGGUGCAGCCCCGUUUGCCAAGAUUUUAUUGCUCUGAGGAACCAAUGUGAAGAUUCCAGAAAUUGCUUUGAAGGAGGCUAUAACGAGAAUACAUACUCCUGUCUCGAACCUUGCUGGGAAAUUGCUGCUCCCUGCCUUCAAGCAUGCAGGGACAACAUCUACAUUUUGCUAAGAACCUGUGAUGCUCGUUGUUCAACCUAUGGGGAGUGUAUGGAAGAUUGUUUCGCUGAAGAGUUCCAAGCCUACAAACCAGAACUUCCCUGAAAUGAGACAGUUUUCUGAGUUCUUCUCCGAAGGCUUCCUCGCCAUUAAAUUUUGAAUACGAAAUGUU